AUGGCGGAUUUCGACGAGAUCUAUGAGGAGGAGGAGGACGAGGAGCGGGCCUUGGAGGAGCAGCUGCUCAAGUACUCGCCGGACCCGGUGGUGGUCCGCGGCUCCGGUCACGUCACCGUAUUUGGACUGAGCAACAAAUUUGAAUCAGAAUUCCCUUCUUCAUUAACUGGAAAAGUAGCUCCUGAAGAAUUUAAAGCCAGCAUCAACAGAGUUAACAGUUGUCUUAAGAAGAACCUUCCUGUUAAUGUACGUUGGCUACUUUGUGGCUGCCUUUGUUGCUGCUGCACACUAGGCUGCAGUAUGUGGCCAGUUAUUUGCCUCAGUAAAAGAACACGAAGAUCGAUUGAGAAGUUAUUAGAAUGGGAAAACAAUAGGUUAUACCACAAGCUGUGCUUGCACUGGAGACUGAGCAAAAGGAAAUGUGAAACGAAUAACAUGAUGGAAUAUGUCAUCCUCAUAGAAUUUUUACCAAAGACACCGAUUUUUCGACCAGAUUAG